AUGGCACCGGCUAGGCUGAAUGUGCUUGUUUAUACAGGCCUUGGUACAACCGUUGAGUCAGUAAAGCAUUGUAUCUGGUCUCUUCGUCGUCUUCUCGGACCAAACUAUGCUGUCAUCCCAAUCACCGAGAACAUCGUCCUUAAGGAACCUUGGCAGGCGACAUGUGCUCUACUGGUCUUCCCAGGUGGCGGUGAUCUUGGCUACUGCCAGGCUCUGAAUGGUGAGGGGAACCGCCGCAUCAGCGACUAUGUCCGUCGAGGCGGUUCGUACCUGGGUUUCUGCGCCGGUGGCUACUACGGAACUCAAAGGUGCGAAUUCGAAGUCGGUAACAAACCUAUGGAAGUCGUUGGACGAAGAGAGCUGGGUUUCUUCCCCGGAACGUGUCGAGGUGGUGCGUUCAAGGGUUUUGAAUACAAGAGCGAGAAGGGAGCCAGAGCUGUGCGAUUGACUGUGGCGAAGGACGCUUUUGAGCAAGAGGUUGCUUCUGAGAUUACGUCUUACUACAACGGAGGUGGUGUUUUUGUGGAUGCUGCUUCGGUCAAGGACAGAAAUGUUGAGGUUCUGGCUACCUAUGAUGAGGAGAUUGAUGUUGAUGGUGGAGAUGGGAAAGCAGCGGUUGUUCUCUGCACCGUUGGUGAUGGAAAGGCUUUGCUUACUGGGCCUCAUCCUGAGUUCGCUGCAGCCAACUUGAAUCCCCAGCCAAGUCUUCCCGGCUACGACGAACUCGUCAGCCAACUCGCAGCCGCCGACAAAGACCGAGCCACCUUCCUCAAAGGCUGUCUCACAAAGCUCGGUCUCGAAGUCAGCCCUCAUGAAGCAGGAGUACCAUCCCUAUCUCGCCUUCACCUCUCCUCCAUCUCCGACACAGGUGUAUCUGAGUUACUAACCGACUGGAGCGACAUCAUCACCAAAGAAGAUGGCGAGGAGUGGAUCCGGGCAGAGACAGACAGUUUCCACAUCCAGAACGAAGACACGAUUUGGAGUCUGGAAGGUCUUCAGCAAUCGCUACCUGAUACGAAUGAGUCCAGUAUUUCUGAGAAUGGCAGUAUUGACUAUAGCAAGAUUACCAAGAAGAUCGUUCCGCAUGAGAAGGGUCUUCCUCAUCCUAAGCUUACGCCGCAUUUCAACCAUGGUCUUUUCUUCUCGAGUUUGAAGCGUUAUCGACAGAUUGAGCCGACUGCGAGGAGCUGGGGUGAUAUGCUCAUGUAUGGCGAAGUCGUGACGAGCACAAACACUAUGCUUGAGAAGUACGACAGCCCUUCAACUGCUGGAAACUUGGACCUAACAGAUACCAGGAACCCAAAACUCAUGCCCAAACUUCCCAGUGGUUUCACUGUAUCGGCCACAACUCAAGUCGCUGGUCGAGGCCGUGGUUCAAACGUCUGGAUUGCUCCUCCAGGCAUGCUCAUCUUCUCAACCGUCAUCAACCACCCCGCUCAUCUUGCCGUGUCCCGCCCUGUGGUAUUCAUCCAGUACAUCACAGCUAUUGCUAUUGUUGAAGCAAUCCAGUCUUAUGAUCGCGGCUACGAAAACGUUCCCGUCAAGCUAAAGUGGCCCAAUGAUAUCUAUGCUCUUGAUCCUACCAAAUCCCAAGAGAAACCUCACUACACUAAAGUCGGUGGUAUUCUCUCCCAAUGCCUUUACUUCGACGGAAACUACCAAAUAAUUCUCGGCGUGGGUGUAAACACCCUCAACUCCCGUCCCACAAUGUCCAUCUCCGACCUCGUAACCCCAGGAGCACCAGAUCUCCAUGUCGAAACCCUUCUAGCCCGCGUCCUCACUCGGAUAGAGGCUAUCUACGCACAGUUCCUUCGCGAAGGUUUCUCUAACGAUCUUGAAUCUCGAUACUACCGCCAUUGGCUGCAUACGAGACAGGAGGUCAGUCUGGAGGCCGAGGGUGGUGUGAGGGCGCGUGUAUUGGGAAUUACAAAGGAUUGGGGAAUGUUGAAGGUUGAGGAGAUAGAUGCUACUGGAAGGGCGGUUGGUAAGACUUGGUCUUUGCAGAGUGAUGAGAAUAGCUUUGAUUACUGGAAGGGACUAGUUAGGAGGAAGACGUAG